CACUGUCAGCGUGUCCUCUGCUCCAGAUUUAAGGACUCUGAAGCGGUUCGAUUUUGCACACGAGAAUGAAAGGAAAGAACAGCGGCUGGUGACCUAAGGCGGACUCGACAGUUUAAAUAAUAAAGAAGAAGACGCAGAAGUUCAGCGGCCACUCGGCUUGCCUGUCUCGCCUUAUUAGGAGCCGCUGAUCCAGUCUCCGCUCGCACAUUCGCCGAGCUGCUGUUGCUUUUUUUGGAAAUCCCGGAAGCAGCUGAACCUCAGCUCCAGUAAGCGGCAGCAACAGCAGCGCUCCAAGCAGCACGCAGCGCCGGGCUCCGGGAUACCAGGAGCGAAAGCGAUCGGCUUUUUGUUUUCUUGCUGCAGAUCCAGACGAAACACGAUGGCUGAGAUCCAGAGGUUGGUGGAGCGCCUUGAAGAUGCCGUCACACGACUUGAAUCGCUGUCUUCUAGACUUCAUGGCCCCUCAGGAGCUGGCGGUGAUCUGGAGAAUGCUGUCAAUGGAGGUCUAGCUCCCAGCGUGGAGGCGUUUAAUCAGCUUCUUAGCAGUUCUGUAGCUGCAUACCUGAAGAACAGCACUGAUAUCGGUGAAGAUGUACACAAACAUGCUGAAAUGGUGAAUGCAGCUUUCCAGGCACAAAGGAGCUUUCUGAACUUGGCAUCCUUGCAUCAGCAGCCUUCAGAGGCGGACAUGGCCACACUCCUGCAGCCCAUUUCUGAGAAGAUCCAGGAAAUUCAAGACUUUCGGGAGAGAAACCGAGGAAGUAAAAUGUUUAAUCACUUGUCGGCGGUCAGUGAGAGCAUUCCUGCGCUUGGAUGGAUCGCAGUGACGCCAAAGCCAGGCCCCUACGUCAAGGAGAUGAAUGAUGCGGCCAUGUUCUAUACUAACAGGGUCCUAAAGGAUUACAAAGACAGUGAUGUACGACAUGUUGAGUGGGUGAGAUCUUACCUAAGGAUCUGGACGGAGCUGCAGGCCUACAUCAAGGAGCACCACACCACCGGGCUCGUCUGGAGUAAAAACGGUCCUGCUGCUUCAGGAGUAUCGCUAUCUGCUUCUCUAGCACCAUUACCUUGUCCACCUCCUCCACCACCCCCUGGACCACCCCCUGUAUUUCAAGAGGUUUCAAAAUCGGAUUCAACCGCUCUGCGUUCAGCCCUGUUUGCAGAGCUCAAUCAAGGGGAGGCAAUCACCAAAGGGCUUCGACAUGUGUCAGAUGAUAAGAAAACUCACAAGAACCCUGGGCUUCGGAGUCAAGGAGGAGUCAGCCGGCAAUCUCCCACUAAGAGUCAGACGUCCAGCUCGUCAGGCCCCAAAGCAGCUCUCCAGAAUAAACUGCCAGUGCUAGAGCUCGAAGGCAAGAAGUGGAGAGUGGAGUACCAAGAUAAUGCCAAUGACCUUGUAAUUUCUGAAGCUGAGCUGAAACAAGUGGUUUAUGUCUUCAAGUGCAGCCACUCCACACUGCAGAUAAAAGGCAAAGUUAAUUCCAUCAUAGUGGAUAACUGUAAAAAGCUGGCCAUGGUGUUUGACAAUGUGGUUGGCAUUGUGGAAAUCAUUAACUCCAGAGACAUUCAGAUCCAGGUGAUGGGUAAAGUGCCAACCAUUUCCAUCAAUAAAACUGAAGGAUGUCACCUGUACCUCAGUGAAGAGUCCCUAAAGUGUGAGAUUGUGAGCGCCAAGUCUUCAGAAAUGAACAUUCUGAUCCCAAAAGAUGGAGAUUAUAAGGAAUUCCCUGUUCCUGAGCAGUACAAGACCGUAUGGGAUGGUUCCAGACUAGUCACAGAACCAACGGAGAUUGCCGGCUAAUAUCGUUUGAAUACUCGCGAUGGCAAUCUCCCAGCCUUUUAGCGACUUCAUACAGGGUUUAAAAUACCGGUUCAGGAGUACUGUGUUAUUGUGAAGAUUGCAAGCCUGGUUGCAAAAUCAAUGUUUUCGCAUUUCAUUGCAUUUUUACAGUGA